UGUUGAUGGGGAAGUUGGAAUGGAACCCUUCUGGAAACCUCCCAAUCCGGCCAUUCAAGUCACGAGUUCCUCCCCGAUUCGGUCAUUCUGCACUGCACCUUAUGCAUUCCAUUAUUAUUUCAGUACUGCUGCUGCACUGCAUAAGACUACUGCUAUUGAAUGACAGCGGUCUUUCUCUGCACUAUCGAUUCUAUCCUUCCAUCGGCUCCGGAAUUGACUCCCUUUUCGGCCUCGUGGCCUCCGUCAUGGUGAUGCCGCUUGCAAUCUAAAAUUCUUCCUAUAGCCAGCCCUCCGUGACCAGGUUGAGGCCCGUGUGAUGCGAUGCGAUGCCGAUGCGAUGCGGAUGCGCCCAUCAACCACUCCUCCUACUGAGGACAAUUCCAUUGUUCGCCAAUCGGGCCUUAUUCGAGACCGGCUGGUUUGCCACCCAGACACAAGACACUACACCCAGCUAUACACAAAGGAUGCCGUGCAUGCCGAUGACAGCUUCAGGUUGUGUUACGGAUGGGUGGAUGGGAUGCUGUGGAAGGGCGGAUGGGCGGGCGCAUGAUCCACCACCACCACCACCUCCUCCUCCUCCUCCUUACUCAGGUUGCUACGUGUAGAAAACACCUUAGGUCCAGUUACUAAGCCCAGGAAAGCCCAGCAUGGCCCAGGAUGAAGUAAUCCAACACCGCAGCAGAACAAACAGAGCCUUCUUCACGACGAAGACCAGAGACCAUGAUCCACCAGCGAUUCAUCCCUCCAUCCCUCUGCUUUUCUCUGUGUCAGAGAAUUGACGCGAAGGAAAUGAAAAGAUUUUUCUACUCGCC